CCUACAGAAGGGCUGCAGUACCCUGCAGACAGGAGACCUGGACAUGGCAGAACAACACUUUGCAGCUGCGCUCAAGUCUGUUCAUGUCAAAGGUGAACACAAGAACGAGGCAGAGCCCCUGUACAAGCUGAGCGAUGUCUACUUGAAGAGAGGAAUCCAGUCUAAAGACGGUGGUGACUUCACCAAAGCUGCAGCUCUCUGUAAUGCAGCACUGGUAAGAUCAAGAAGAGACGAUAUAGAAAGGACAAUCCAGGACAUAACCAAGUCAUUUGUUGAACAUGUCCUGAAUGUCGAACAGACGGUAGAAAUUGAUGAUAGAGAGAAACACAAAUUUAUGCUAAAGAAGGACCGUGACUAUGCAGAAGGAGAGAUUGUAAGGAUUGAUAAAGAAGUAGAUCCUUAUAACCUUGAAGAUGACAACCCUGAGUUAAGGGAAGUUGAGGAGAAGAGAGUGGACGCAAUCAAAACAUUGUUUCAGACAAUUGCUCAUCAGCGACAAAUGUUCAUAGCCGGCCUUGUAGAUGAAUGUAUAGAGGUAAUGGGCCCCCCUCUCUGUAAGUAUGCUAUGGUAGGUUUGGGUUCACAGGCCACAGGAUUGGUAACCCCAUUCUCUGAUCUGGAAUUUGCUAUCUUGGUCGAAGAGAAAACCGAGCAGAAUGCUCAGUAUUUCCGUAACCUCACUCAUUACCUGCAUCUCAAAGUCAUCAAUCUGGGAGAAACCAUCCUCCCGGCCCUGGGGAUUAAGUCUCUAAAUAAUUUCUACUCAGAUGAUCCGCUAGACAACUGGUACUAUGACUCCGUUACACCGCGUGGGUUUGCGUUCGAUGGAGCCAUGCCUCAUGCAUGUAAGACACCGAUAGGCAGGGGUAAAACCAGUGCAGGAACAAGUGAACUCAUCCACACACCAAGUAAUAUGACCAAAGUUCUUAAAGAUGACUUUGGGGUCUACUUGAAGAAAGGCUACCAUCUUGCUAGUAUACUGGGAAAUGUGUCGUUGAUGGCAGGAGAUCAGGGUUUGGUGGAUGAGUACUUGUCUCUGUGUACUGAGCAAUAUCAGAAAGAUAACGGGGGGAUUCCUUUGGAAAUGGCAAAGAUUGAUCUGACUGAGAAUGCAAACAUGUUUGAAGUCAAGCAUCUAACUGGCAGUCUGUUGAAUGUGAAGAAAGAAAUGUAUCGAUUUUCAAGCCUUGCAAUGUCCUGCUUGGCGCUGCUUCAUAACAUACAACCGACCACAAUCUGGGAGACCAUUCAGGAGUUGACAAAUUGUCAGUUCGUCAAUAGAGAGAAUGCGCAUCAUCUUAUGGUGAUGGUCAGUAUCUCAGCAGAACUGAGGCUGAGGACAUACAUGAGCAAUGGUGGCCAGGUGGAAAACAUGUCAGCCUUAUCCUCAAUGUCCACAGAUACAGACAUUGGGGUGAAAUUGAAGAAAGUGUUUUACUUCUCAAAUAAGAAACAGCUCAUGAGAUACUAUUACACAGCAAGACCGUUAAAGGACUUUAUGUCACAGUUGUCUGGCAGUCAGCCAUUAGAAGCACCACCAAUCCUGUUCGACAGUUCUCCUGAACUAAAAGCAGAGGUAUAUGACAGUCUGUGUGAUUACCAAAACUCGCUGACAUGCAGAGAGCAAAUACUUCAGAACGAUCUAUCAAAACAUGGCAAAGAUACUGCUCAUUCUGACACUGCCUCCUCACUUCAACGUUUGGGUCUAGCUUGGACCAAACUUGGUGACAACACGAAAGCAAUAAACUAUUUUGAACAGUCACUGCAUAUGAGGCGGAUACUCUAUGGCGAGGACACUGAACACCUAAAGAUUGCGAGCUCCCUUAACAACUUGGGUGCCGCCUGGAAUGGUCUUGGUGACUACAGAAAGGCGAUCAGCUAUUAUGAACAGUCACUACAGAUGACGAGGAGUUUAUACGGUGAGGACACUGCAAAUCCUAAUAUUGCUGACUACUUAACAACGUGGGUAAUGGAUGGAUGAAGCUUGUUGAUCACAGUA